AUGCUGCUCCACCCAAGAGCAGCCGCCCGCCGCACAGCACCCCGGCUGCACCUGGAAGGCGUCCAGCUACCCUGGAGCACUGCAGGGACGUACCUGGGGCUGCGCAUUGAUCACCGACUGUCCUGGCUGCCUGCUGUCAAGAUCCUGCAGGUGCAGGUCCUCCGGGUCCGCAAGGCAGUCUCCCAGCUUCUUGCCCGAGGACAGGGCUGUACCACUGGGUGGGCAUUGCGGCUGUACGACGCAGCAGCUACCUCACGCCUGCGGUACGCCUUCCCACUCGUGGCACUACCACCUGCCCGUCUCAAGAAGCUGGAGCUGCAGCAUCGGGCCGCGAUUAGGCUCUGCCUGGGCGCUCCCCGCAGUUCCCGAGUCGCUGCAACCUUGGCCGAGGCAGGAGCAUGGCCCCUGUCACUCCUCCUCCUGCAGCAGGGGCUACGCCAUGUUGACCGCCUCCACCAUGGACCAGACGUCAGUGCCCUGCUCUCCCGACUGCGCUCGCGGCCCCAUUCACAGAUGGGCAGACUCUGUGGGCUGUACGAGGAGGUGAUCGGGAGGCCUCCAGCGAACAACGCACAGCUGCCUCCUCCCCAGAGACCACCCAUACCCAUCACCACAGAGCUGCCCGGCGUUUCCAAACGGCGCUCCCCGACUUGUGCCCUUCAACAGACGGCUGCCUCCCUCCUGCAUGAGGACCACGGAGGAAACCUGCAGAUCUACGUUGACGGCUCGGUGAUGCCAGACACAGGCUCGUCGACUGCGGCCUGCGUGGUGCCCGCUUUGCGGAAGAGCAAGCAGUGUCGCCUCCCCGACCAUGCGACGUUAACCGCGGCAGAGGUAGCAGGCCUUCACCUGGCUGUAGACUUACUCGCAGAGGAGCUGCCGGUGACCCCAGUGACCAUCUACUGCGAUUCCAGGGCGGCACUUCUCAGCCUGCAGAGGCCAGAAAGGGCCAGCCUCGGGGUUGCCCUGCUCUCGACAAGGCUGAUGGCGCUCCAGGAGGCGGGCUGCUCAGUGUCCCUGCACUGGCUUCCAGCCCACGUAGGGUUACUGGGCAACGAGGAAGCAGAUGCACUGGCAAAGCGUGCCAACCACUGCGCGGUCCCGCCUAGCCUGGCUGUGACAGCCAAUGAUUUCACAAGCCACAGGCUUCGGCGCCAUCUGCUGGCCUGCCAUCCGGACAAGCGGACGUCCUUGGGCCGCCCUCCGCGACCACUUCCACAGCGCGGCCUCGCACGCAGGGAGACCUCCCUCCUUCUGCGACUGAGGAUUGGCUGCUGUUGGACGGGUGCUCGCCGCCACCGUCAUGGCCUCAUCGCCUCUCCAGCCUGUGCCUCCUGUUAG